AACAGUUGCUCUUCCAUAAUGGCGCCACCAGAUGGAAUAAAUUCAAUCAUGAAUUUAAAUAGACAUCUCUGCAUUUCAGGAACACCAUGUCAAAACCAGGUACGCCAUCAAAUUGUCUGAAUUCUGUCUGUUUGCCAAGUUCACGUGUCCUGAAUCUGCCUUUGGCCUUCCUCCGCCCAAGAGACAUUCUGACGAGAUGCUCACCUUUCCUGACUUACGGCUUUGCUCAAGGUGCCACUUUUAAUAUUUCACGGACGGAUGACUCUUAAAUACUGGCUGCUUAGAUGCUCAAACCUGUUGUCCGAACCACAACUCAUGACGACGGUGCAGAGGUCAGCUGGUUGACUUUCCAUCACUGUGGCUAGAAACAAUACAUUUAGGUAACCCAUGAGCUUGGCAGCCGUGCCAGUGAGUUGAUGAAGGUGAUGGUACACAGCUGUGCAAACAUUUUCAACCAUGUGCAACUCAUUGGCUGAUGACGUGUAGUUUAAACACAAGACCAUCAUUGUUUAUAUAGCAGCGCGUUCUAGCUUAAAGGCCUGACUGCUUCACAGACUGAGCUUUCACUGGUGUUUUGAGUCAUGUCAUUACUUAAUGAACGCUAAAGCCAUAGGCUGUUCUUGGCCUUCAUUUAGACUUUAUGGUUAAAAUUCAUUUGUCGUCAGAAUAACUGUAAAAAUGGAACUUGACAUUUAAGACAGUAAUUAAAUAAAGGUUCAUAUGUUGUGAGCGCAUGCAAGUGUGAGUGUUCCUCGUUUAGCUAUACUUGUGGGGACCUUUUGCUUGACCCCACAAGUUCAAGCCUCAAUUUGAGCACAUGAAGGAGAUGGGUUUAUGUUUGAAGUCACGGCGAAGGAGUAGGUAAAACCCCCACCACCAUUUUUUUAUGUUGUUUCUAUUUGCACUAUACGUGUGCAAUGGCGCGGCCAUUAUGCCACACCUGAUAUAUGAAAUACGUGUUUGAAAUAAAACAUUGUCCAUGUAUUUAGGCAGAAUAUGGAAUUUGCUCAAGUUAGUUUUGUGGUCACAGUGGCGUGUUUAUGAUUUGAUUUCCAUAUUGACUGUGAACAUUGUGGCACUUGCAUGACGCCAUACACGGUUCUUGCUAAAAUUUGGAGGCGUGUUCACAAACCGUCUUGAGCGACUCCUACUGUCGCGUUCAGCAGUCGGAGAUCGGACUGCACUGCCUUGUCACUUCUUUGACGGGCUUUCGUCAAGGGAACAUUUGAUUCGUCAUCUUUUUAUGUUUGUACGCGGGAAAAGGGACACGAUUUGAACACGACGACGUGAUUCCAACAUCAUGAUGUCUGAAAACUACCACUGAUUCUGUGCUGAUUAAUGAGGUGAACUACAGAUAAUGCUGAGUUGAGGCAGACUAGGAGGUCAUUUAACCCAUAGAUGAUGCCAUCCAGCAGAGCGCAGCCCCCUGAUGGAGGGUAUAGCUGGGUGGUGGUGGUGUCUGCCUUCUUCACUAUGGGCCUGACGGCAGCUGUGCUGAAGAAUGUUGGCCUCUUCUUCCAAGAGAUCCAGAACCACUUUGGAGUCCUGACUAGCACCACAUCCUGGGUGGCCUCCACCUGCAUUGCCAUGUUUCACAUUGGAGGUCCUAUUGCCAGUGCUCUAACUCUUAGGUUCUCUCAGAGAGUGGUCAUCAUGUCUGGAGGUCUGUUGGCUGCAUCUGGGAUGAUCCUGGCAUCUCUGGCCUUCAAUUUGCCCUGGCUGUACCUCACUAUGGGCGUUCUGCAAGGGACCGGUAUCAGCUUUUCAUGGAUUCCGGCCAACAGCAUGGUGAAUCACUACUUUGUCCGUUGGCGUCCCAUUGCCUAUGCCAUUGCCAGCUCUGGGGAAUGUGUCUUUUCUGUGGCCUUCAGUCCGUUCUUCCAGUGGCUCAUCGACUCGUAUGGCUGGCGAGAUGCCCUACUCCUCAUUGGAGGUCUCCAGCUAAACUUGUGCAUCUGCGGGGCCCUCAUGAGGCCACUGGAGACAAAAAAGACACCUAUCAUGGAAUGUAAAGAUGCCCCGGCAGGAAAGUCAACCUAUCAGAUGAAUAAUCGCUUCCAGUGUUCCCUGUUGAGGAUGCCGGAGCUCUUCCUCUACAUUGUGUUUGCCAUCUUCGCCGCAGCUGGGUUUUUCGUCCUGCCCCUGUUUUUGGUGCCGUUCUCCAACAGCCUUGGCAUAGACAAGUAUUGGCCUGCCUCGAUCCUCUCAGUACUGGCACUGACGGAUCUAGUGGGCAGACUGUUUUGUGGCUGGCUGGCAAACAUGCGGAUGUUGAGGAACCUGCAGCUUCUUGCAAUGGCGACAGUCAUGCUGGGAGUCACACUGCUGUUACUGCCGCUCAGCCAAGACUACUGGGGCAUCCUCGUCUUCUCCGGGCUUUAUGGCUUUCUGUUUGGGUGUGUGGUGGCAAUGCACGUCAUCUCCAUCGUGGACAUCGUGACUCUGGAUGGGUUUGACAUUGGACUUGGACUUUUCAUGCUCUUCAGGAGCGUGGGAGGCUUCAUCGGUCCCCCCUCUGCAGGCUGGCUAGUGGACCAAACCUCCAAUUUCAGCAACGCCUUUUACUUCUCUGGCCUUUGCCUCAUCACUUCGUCUGUGUUCGUGGUUCUCGUCGACCGCCUUGUCCAGAAGAGAAAGCUUGCUCUUCCAGACUGUAAAGUAUCUGAGGACGGGGAAAGGAUGCUGUGAGAGUGACGCCACCAGCAGGGUGGUGCGAGAGCAGCGACCCGAUGUGCAGUUUAGCCUUUGUCUUUGAACACAUUUGUUUUAUUGAUUUUUUUGCAUUUAAAUUGUACUGUACCUGUGGCUGUGCACAGAUACAAUUUUAGCAGUGAUUCAGUGAUUUUGAUCAACCACUGAACAUUUUCCUGUUCACAUUUUUUAUUUUUGCUUGUUAGCGAUUUACGAUGAUUCAAUCUGUGAAUUAAAUUUUUUCCAUGAGCUCAAAAGUCAGACGCUGCACAGAAAGAGCACUUGAAGAGCCCAGACCUCUACUAAGCAACUCAUGCUACCAUUUUGAGCCACAGUUAUUUUCUUUAAAUAAUAGCUCAUCAUUGAGUAACUGGGAUGCUCAAGGGGACUUUUACAACAGGAACUGAAGGAAAAAUCUGUUUGACUUGAAAGUCUGAGGUGCAAAUACAAACAACCCAGGAUUUGUACUAUGACUUGCUGGAGGAGGGAAGGGACUUGCCUCAGGAGACUAACCGAUCCCAGAAAACUGGGGGUGAAGCAGAGGAAAGACUGCUGCUGUAUAACUCAAAUUAAUGCGUGGCGAGGACUGUUUUGUACUUUUGGCAGAGAAAUAAGAGGAAAAUCAGCUGAUGUUCCACCUGUGACUGUGUUUGUCUUGCGACGAUGGUGUUGUUGAUGAUUUUCUUGAGGCAUGCUUUUUGUGGGUCACAUUAUUUUGCACCCGGCACCCACCACCAACUGAUUAUGAAAAAAGGACAUUGCUUGAGAUGUGAGGGAUGCUCAGUAGGGGAUUGGACUCAGGCCACCUGAUUUUUUUUUUUUUUUUUUCCCCAGGUAGGAAUGCCCAUUACUUAAACGGUCUUAAAAGUAUAAACUCAAACAGUAUUUAAUAAAUGUUUGCUUUUUUUAUAUGAGAGAUCAAAGAAAUUCCUCAGUCAUGUUUGUGACCCAUUUCUCAUGUUGCAGGAUGCAUACUGAGCUCUCAGGUUUUCACGCGUCGGGUCAUUGCAUUUAGCUGAGGUGAGUUGAAGAAGAGGCUUGCAUUACCUUCUCAACAUCUGAAAAAUGUUGACUUGUUUGCUAUUUUAAGUGUUUUCCAAACAAUUUUAA